AUGCCGAAAUCGUGUUACAGCCGCUCAGGGGCCCUGCUUCUGGCUCUGCUGCUUCAGGCCUCCAUGGAAGUGAAGGGCUGGUGCCUGGAGAGCAGCCAGUGCCAGGACAUCACCACGGAAAGCAACCUGCGGGCGUGUAUCCGGGCCUGCAAACACGACCUCUCGGCCGAGACGCCCGUGUUCCCCGGCAACGGCGACGAGCAGCCGCUGACUGAGAACCCCCGGAAGUACGUCAUGGGCCACUUCCGUUGGGACCGCUUCGGCCGCCGGAACAGCAGCGGCGGCGCGAGCGAGAAGCGCGAGGCCGAGGGAGGCGGCGCCCCGCUGCCGGCCGGCGGCGCCGGGCUCCCGGGCGAUGGCGCGGAGCGGGCUCUGCGCGAGGGCAAGCGCUCCUACUCCAUGGAGCACUUCCGCUGGGGCAAGCCGGUGGGCAAGAAGCGGCGCCCGGUCAAGGUGUACCCCAACGGCGCCGAGGAGGAGUCGGCCGAGGCCUUCCCGGUCGAGUUCAAGCGGGAGCUGGCUGGAGAGCGGCCUGCAGCGGCGCCCGGGCCCGACCUGGAGCCCGACGCCGCCGAGGACGGCGGGCCCUACCGGGAGGAGCGCUUCCGCUGGGGCGGCCCGCCCAAGGACAAGCGCUACGGCGGCUUCAUGAGCUCGGAGAAGAGCCAGACGCCGCUGGUGACGCUGUUCAAGAACGCCAUCAUCAAGAAUGCCCACAAGAAGGGCCAGUGAGCGCCGCGGCUUCUGGGGAAGUGCGCCCGAGAGCCCCUGCCCUCGCCUGCUCUCCUGCCUCCCCGCCUGGGCUGGGGGGCGGCCGACCUCCAGCCUCUUAAAACCGCCUAGUUAGGAAAUAAACCUUUCAGAUUUCA